AUGGCCGAUGAUGGAGAAAACUCAGUGGAUAACAAGCUCACAGACGACAACAAGCCAGAGAAAAUGUUUACGCUAAAGAAAUGGAAUGCUGUUGCAAUGUGGAGCUGGGACGUCGAAUGCGAUAUUUGUGCCAUUUGCCGCGUUCAAGUCAUGGAUUCGUGUUUACGUUGCCAGGCGGAGAACAAACGGGAUGUGUUGGGUCGUCAGGAUUGUGUUGUUGUUUGGGGCGAGUGUAAUCACUCGUUUCAUCACUGUUGCAUGUCGCUGUGGGUCAAGCAAAACAAUCGCUGCCCGCUGUGCCAGCAGGAAUGGUCCAUUCAGCGCAUGGGCAAAUAAGCCAUGGCUGCAUCUCUCACUAUAACAAUAAUUAAGCUAAAGAGCAUGUUAACGUUUCUGAUAUAAGCAAUAACCUAGAUCCAUUUUAAACUGUCAAGCUGAAUAAAUACAAAAGUAAAACAAGACUAAGAAAGAGAACACCAUGCAACCUGCGUUUUUCUCUGGACUUGAACCCCGAACUUCUACCAACACCACCACUCCAUUUUUGCGUUAUUACGUGCUAAUUCAAGUAAAGUAGUAGCUAGUUAUUCAACCACAAUUCUAUCACAAAUUCAAUUUUUUGAAUAUUG